GAAGUCUCCACACGCCACAAGCUCUUAAACUGCUUGUCACGGCUGGCGGAGCACAGCCGUCUGAUCCUGGAGCCUCUUCGUCACUGCCAUCUCGAUCACUGCUGGUCGUCGCUGACACCACCGCAGUCCGCAGCUAGAGAUCUGGUGACUGCCUGGCGACUGCCUGCCGAUGCGUGCCUGAUUUGUGGUGCGGGUAUGACGCGCGUCGAUCCGGCGGUUGAGGCGACUUACGACCCGCUCUGCGAUCUCGUCCAUCGCAUCAUCUCCCUUCCCUCUCAUCCCACCAUUGCCUGCGUCUUCGACGAUGCGGACUUUAGUGAGACCAACGACAAGAGCGUCUUUCCCGCUGCGGCGGCUGCACACCUCGGCGCCCCGGCACCCCCGUUCCGCAUCGUCCACCGUACCGCCGGCUAAAGCGCGAAGAGGGCGCUGGCGGACGGCCGCGUUCGUUGCGCUUGCUGGGGGCGGCAUCUACCUCUUUGACCGCGAGUGCAAUGCAAGUGCACUCACGCGAAGCUUGCGGACAGGAUAUAUUGGCUUGUUGUGUACCCUAGAUUACAAGAUCAACUUCUCGCCAGCAAAGGCGGACAAGAUCGAUGCGCUGCACGAGCGCGUGGCGACGCGCCUCCGCUGGGUCGUGGACACAAAUCAGGGGAUGUACCUCAAGCUGGGGCAGGCGAUCGGCUUGCAAGCGGCUCUUCUGCCGAAACCCUACCGCGAGGCGUUCACUCAUGUAUUUGACAAGGCGCCGUCAGUGCCGUAUGCCGAGGUCGUUGGCGUGUUCCGCGAUGACUUGGGUGUCGAUCCGAUGGACGUAUUCGAGGAAUUCAGCCACGACGCGCUCGCCUCGGCGUCGAUUGCGCAGGUGCACAAGGCCAAGCUGCGGCCGGAGCUAGGUGACCCCGACCAGCUGGUUGCGGUGAAGGUGCAGAAGCCCGCGAUCGCCAAGCAGAUGGACUGGGACUUGUUCUCGUAUCGCUCACUAAUGUGGCUGGCGCAGAAGGCGUUCGACCUCCCGCUAUACUUUGUGGCGGACUACGUGUCGGCACAGAUGCGACUCGAAACGAGCUUCAUGCACGAGGCGGCGAACGCGCGCCGCUGCGCCGAGCUUGUAUCUCAAACCCCCGAGCUACGCGACGACAUUUACGUCCCUAAAGUCUUCGGCAAGGCAGAGGGAUAUCCAGAGUCUGAUCGCGUGCUGGUCAUGGAAUGGGUCGAUGGGUGCCGGUUGAACGACAAAGAGCAGAUUCAGUCGUGGGGACUGGACCUGCGCGAUGUAAUGGACCUCGCGAUCAGCCUCAACGGCGCGAUGACGUUCACAUGGGGCUUUCUGCACUGCGACCCGCACCCCGGCAAUGUGCUUGUGCGUCCACACCCGGUGAAGAAGGGCAAGCCGCAGCUCGUCAUCCUCGAUCACGGGCUGUACAUCACCCUCCGGCGCAGCUUCCGCGAGGAGUACGCGACGCUGUGGCGCUCCCUCUUCGUGCUGGAUCUACCCACGAUCGACCGCAUCUCCAAGUCAUGGGGCUUGGGCAUAGACCCCAAUAUGUUCGCUUCCGCCAUCUUCCUCAAGCCGACACACGUGAAGAAGAACCCACGCCGUGGUCCGCCUCCGCCCCCCAAGACAGAGUACGAGAUCCAGAUGGAGGUCAAGGCGCAGUUUAAGGCGUUGCUCGAGAGCGAGCAGCUGAUCCCGCGCGAGCUGAUCUUCGUCGGCCGCUGCCAGCGCAUGCUGCAGGCCAACAACCAGCUCCUUGGUUCACCAAGCGAGCGUAUUAAUAUCACGGCAGCAUGGGCCGCGAAGGGCUACGCCGAGUUCGCGGGGUCGCGCGCGCUCGCCGACAUCGGGCUCAAGCGCUGGCUGCGGGACCGGUACGACAGCACGGUGUUCCGCUUGACGCUAUGGGUCAUCGAAUGGGCGUUCUGGUGGACGAGCCUCAAGGCGCGCUUCUCCAAGACCACCGGCAGCUGGGAGGACCGGCUGCAGGCGCAGAUGGAGCGGAUGGCCAAGGAGGAGUUCGGCAUCGAAAUAGAUGGCAACACGGCAUUCUUGGGAUAGAUAGUGUAUGUAUGCAAUGCUUAUUAU